UAGACACUAGAUAAAUAAGAAUCAUUUCACCUUUUUCGCUGUCUCUUGGGGUCUCAGCUCUUUCAUUCCGUGUCUCUCAUGUGUGAUGCCUGUCCACGUGGGUGGGUAUAGCCAAGGCUUUGGGCAUGACGACACCAUCCCUAGAGAAUCCGGGGCAAGUAAGGUAAGGGGAGCUCCCUCACUUCACUUCAAGCUAUUUUCAAGCUCCUUCUCUGCAUUCUACAACAAGAUCCAUUGCUUCAAUCAGCACAUCCAAUCCAAUACAAACUACUUCUAAACCUUGCAAAUAUGCUUCCCAACAGAGCAUUUCAAACCCCUUCCCUAUAUGCUACGGCAAGAUCUGUUACUUCGGUUUCAAGCAGCACAUCCAAGCCAAUACCAACUCGUUUCCAGGCCCCUAAAAUGCUAAACCACAACGCCCGCUUCAUGACUCGUGCCUUCCACCGCGUUCUACCAAAGGUUGCGAAUAGUUCUACGUCUCCGGCAAUGACAGUAAGACGUUUGAGCGGUUCACCAGUGAAUAGGAAAUGGGAGGGGAGACAGCCAGAGGAGAAUCCGACGCGGGAGAAGGACACGGAUAAUGUGCAGCAUGAUGCGGUUAAGGAGGGGAAGGAGGAGCGGGCUAAAGGGCAGGGGAGCAGAGGGACGAGCGAGGAGAGUGGGGGUUCUAAUAAGAAGGCCAAAGAGGAGUUUCCUGAGGCGCCAGAUACGAUUGGGAUGCAGGAUGAGAGAGGGGGGAAUACGAAGAUGUGAAGAGGAAGUGAAGGAGGAAUGAAAAGAGGAAGGAGGUAGUGAAGGCUUGAACUAGUAGCCUAUUUAAACUCAAAUCUUGGACCUGCCCAUUCCCCAGA